AUGAGUUCAAGCGAAUCGAAUAGACAACGAAGUUCAUCUUCAACGGUGGAAUGCAAACCUCAAUUUAAAGCACUUUUAUUUUUGGCAUACCAGAGUUUGGGCUUUCUGUUUGGUGAUAUCAGCCUCUCCCCUCUUUAUGUCUAUCAAAGUAUAUUUUCUGGGAGACUGAAACAUGUUCAAAAUGAGGAUGCAAUAUUUGGCGCAUUUUCUUUGAUUUUUUGGACUAUCUCUCUUAUUUCUCUGUUGAAGUAUGCUAUUUUCAUGUUGAAUGCAGAUGAUAAUGGCGAAGGAGGGAUUGUUGCUUUGUAUUCUCACCUUUGCAAAAAUGCAAAAUUUUGUUUGCUUCCUAAUCAUCAAACAUCCGAUGAGGAGCUAUCUACAUAUCGCAAACCUGGUUACUCAAAUAGAAAUAUACCACCCUCGUAUUUGAAAAAAUUCAUUGAAAAACAUAAGAGCACAAAAAUUAUUUUGCUUGUUUUUGUUUUACUUGGUGCUUGCAUGAUAAUUUGUGUUGGUGCCCUCAUGCCUGCCAUUUCAGUUCUUUCAUCUGUUGAAGGGUUGAAAAUUGAAGCGAAGAUUAAAAAUAAUAGUAUGGUGCCUCUUAUUUCUUGUGUUCUACUGGUUGGACUCUUUGUUCUGCAACACCGUGGCUCCCACGCGAUUGCUUUCAUGUUUCCCCCCAUAAUCAUCCUAUGGUUACUAUCUAUUUUCACGAUUGGCAUUUACAAUGUCAUCAAGUGGAAUCCAAGCAUAUAUCGGGCUCUUUCUCCAUAUUAUAUAUAUAAGUUCUUUUGGGUUACAGGAAAAGGCGGUUGGACUAAUCUCGGAGGGGUAUUUUUGUGUGUUACAGGAAGUGAAGCUAUGUUUACAGACCUUGGGUACUACAAACAAGCACCUGUAACGGCUGCAUUUUCUUGUAUCAUUUACCCAUGUCUAAUUCUUCAGUACAUGGGGCAGGCUGCUUUUCUUUCAAAGAAUUUAUCUGCAGUACCUAUAAGCUUCUAUGCUUCUAUUCCAGAUGUCCUCUUUUGGCCGGUAUUUGUGUUGGCUGCUUUGGCUGCAAUAGUGGCAAGUCAGGCCGUCAUCUCUUCGACAUUCUCAAUUGUCCAACAAUGCCAUGCAUUUGAAUGUUUCCCUCGUGUUAAGGCAAUACAAUCCAGAAGAUGGAUCAAUGGUCAGACGUAUAUACCAGAGAUAAACUGGAUUCUUAUGGUAAUCAGCCUGGCUGUGACAGUUGGAUUUGGAGACACAGGGCGUAUAGUAUAUGCUUAUGGGAUUGCAUGUCUGAUUGUAUCGUUUGUGACUACAUGGUUGACAUUACUCGUCAUCAACCUUGUAUGGCAUCGAAGUCUUAUAGUUGCUAUGGCAUUUCUCUUAAUCUUUGGUUCAAUAGAAGUCCUCUUUCUCUCUUCUUAUUGCAUGAAAAUCCCAAUAGGUGGCUGGGUUCCAAUUGUGCUCUCCUCCCUCUUCAUGGUUGUAAUGUAUGUCUGGCAUUAUGGUUCUAGAAAAAAGUAUUUCUUUGAUAUGCAUAACAAAGUUUCAAUGAGGGGGGUCCUUACAUUAGGUCCUAGUCUUGGGAUUGUAAGGGUUCCAGGGAUGGGCCUAAUCUAUACUGAAUUAGCGUCUGGAGUCCCUGCUAGUUUCACUCAUUUCUUGACAAAUCUGCCAGCUUUCUACCAAGUGGUUGUUUUUGUUUGUGUCAAGACUGUCCUUGUGCCUUCUGUGCCCCAUGCAGAACGUUAUCUCAUUGGUCGAAUUGGUCCGAAAUCCUAUCGGUUGUAUCGGUGUAUUGUUCGAUAUGGUUACAAAGAUGUUUAUAGCCAUGAAAAUGAUUUUGAAAAUGAACUAGUGAUGAGCAUAGCAGAAUUCAUUCAACUGGAGGCUGAAGGUUGUUCUGGAAACCUAGAUGGUACUGCAGAUGGCCGUAUGGCGGUCGUUAGGACAUCUGGGAAGUUUGGAACAAGAUUGCGAAUGUCAGAAUCUGCUGGUGUUGAAGAAGCCGACAGUAAUAAUCUCUCCGGAGCUUUGACUGUUUCUAGCAGUAAAUCUCCAACAUUAAAGAAGCUUCAGGCCAUGUAUGAGCAGGAAUCACUUGAACUCAACACUAGACGGCGGAUUAAAUUUGAGCUUCUAAAUACAAUAUAUAGAGAUCCACUAGUAAAGGAGGAGCUCAUGGAACUUGUGGAAGCCAAUCGCGCAGGAGCAGCAUAUGUGAUAGGCCAUUCACAUGUAAAGGCCAAGUGGAAUUCUUCCUUUAUGAAGAGGUUUGCUAUGAACCUCUACUCUUUUCUUCGGAAAAAUUGCCGCUCCCCAGCUGUUGGGCUAAAUAUUCCCCAGACUUGUCUGAUUAAGGUAGGAAUGAAUUACCAUGUCUAG